UUCACAGUCCCCAACACACUCGAAACUUUGUUCCAAUGGCGCCUCCAAGGUCCCCUGCAUUCAGAUAUGAUGUGUUCCUCAGCUUUAGAGGGGAAGACACGCGUUAUGGUUUUACUGGCAAUCUCUACAAAGCUCUCUGUAACAGAGGAAUUCACACUUUCAUCGAUGAUGAGGAGCUUCAGAGCGGGGAGGAAAUCACACCAGCACUUCAGAAAUCAAUUGAAGAGUCUAGGAUUGCCAUCGUUGUGCUCUCUCAAAACUAUGCUUCUUCCUCCUUCUGCUUGGAUGAACUUGUCACCAUCCUUCACUGCCACACCCAAGGAUUGUUGGUUAUUCCGCUCUUCUAUAAGGUCAAACCUUCUGAUGUCAGACACCACAGAGGUAGUUAUGGAGAAGCAGUGAGUAACCAUCAGAAAAGGUUCAAAGAUAAGAAGGAGAAGGUGCAUAAAUGGAAGAUGGCUCUGCGUCAUGUAGCUGACUUGUCUGGCUGUCAUUUCAAAGAAGGUGAUGGAUACGAAUACAAGUUUAUUGGGAGUGUUGUGGACGAGGUCUGCCACAAGAUUAAUCCAACUCGUUUACAUGUUACGGAUUACCCUGUUGGACUAGGGCCACAAGUGCUUGAAGUGAGAAAGCUUUUAAAUGUGGAAUGUGGUGAUGGAUUCCACAUGAUAGGGAUCCAUGGAAUGGGUGGUGUAGGAAAAACAACACUCGCUUUAGCACUUUAUAAUUUGAUUGCGGUCUGUUUUGAUGGUUCUUGUUUUCUUCAGAACGUGACAGAAAAAUCAAACAAACAUGGGCUGGAACACCUCCAAAGCAUCCUUCUUUCAAAAAUACUUGGUGAUAAGGACAUCAACAUAGCAAGUGAACAUGAAGGAAUUUCAAUGAUACACCAAAGGUUGCAGAGAAAAAAGGUUCUCUUGAUUCUUGACGAUGUUGACAAGUGCGAACAGCUACAGAGACUGGUUGGAAGUCCUGAUUGGUUUGGUCCCGGCAGCAGGGUCAUCAUCACAACUCGAGAUACACAUCUGCUUGCAUCUCAUCAGGUCAAAACAACAUAUGAGGUCAAGACAUUGAAUAAAGAUGAUGCUCUUCAGUUGCUUACAUGGAAAGCUUUCAAAACGGAACAUGUUAAUCCAAGUUAUGUGGAGGUCUUGAAUGGUGUAGUAACUUAUGCUUCUGGCCUUCCAUUGGUUUUGGAAGUAAUUGGUUCCAACCUGUUUGCAAAAGGUGUGGAACAGUGGAAAUCUGCUAUCAAUCAAUAUAAAAGAAUUCCAAACAAAAAAAUCCUAGAGAUAAUGAAAGUAAGUUUCGAUGCUUUGGAGGAAGAAGAGAAAAGUGUUUUUCUUGACAUUGCUUGUUGCUUCAAAGGAUAUAAAUUGACAGAGGUUGAGAUUAUGCUUCGAGCUCUUUAUGAUGACUGCAUGAAACAUCAUAUCGGGGUGUUGGUUGAAAAAUCUCUCAUAAAGGUUAGUCGGGGUGGAACAGUUGAAUUGCACGACUUGAUUAAGGACAUGGGUAGACAAAUUGACCAGAAAGAAUCACCGAAAGAACCAGGGAAGCGCAAGAGAUUAUGGUUACCGAAAGAUAUAAUCCAAGUUCUAAAAUGCAACAAGGGAACAGGUGAGAUUGAAAUGGUAUGUCUGGAUCUCUCCCCAUCUGACAGAGGAGAAGUGGUGGAAUGGAAUGGAAUGGCCUUCCAGGACAUGGAAAACCUCAAAAUACUUAUUAUUAGAAAUUGUAAAUUUUCCAAAGGUCCCAAAUAUCUUCCAAAUAAGUUGACAGUGCUGGAAUGGUGGAGAUAUCCUUCACCUUGUUUACCAUAUGACUUUAAUGCCAACAAACUUGUCAUAUGCAAACUACCUGACAGUUGCUUUACAUCAUUUGGAUUCCAUGGCUCAUCAAAGAAGUUUGAGAAUCUAACCGUCUUGAAAUUUGACUACUGCAAACAUUUAACACGGAUACAUGACAUAUCUGAUCUGCCAAACUUGGAGAAACUUUCAUUUAAAUGGUGUGAAAGUUUAGUUUCAGUUCACAACUCUGUUGGUUUUCUGACUAAACUCAAAAUACUAAUUGCUGAAAGAUGCGAGAAGCUACGAAGAUUUCUGCCUCUCAACUUGACUUCUCUUGAAAGACUAGAACUUUCGUAUUGUUCCAGUCUUGAGAAUUUUCCAGAAAUAUUGGGAAACAUGGGAAACAUAAGGAAACUUAGUUUGCUUAAACUUCCCAUCAAAGAAUUACCAGAUUCAUUUCAAAAUCUUACUGGACUGCAAGAGUUAGACUUGAACUGUGAUUUUGUUCACUUAAGUGGCAAUGUCUUGACGCCCGAACUGACUAGGCUCUACGUUCUUACUUGCAAGGAGUGGAAAUGGUUAAAAUCAAAAGAGGGUGAAGAAGAUGUGGGCUCAACAGUAUCUUCAAAUGUACAAUCAUUUUGGGGUUCUUGCAACCUGGAUGAUGAAUUUUUUUCGGCAGGUUUCACUCAGUUGGCUCAAGUAAGACAGUUAUGGCUGGUUAACGGUAAUGUCACAUUCCUUCCUGAACGCAUGAAAGAAUUUCACCACCUGAAUGCUCUUGAUGUGAGUUACUGCGAGAAUCUUCAUGAAAUUAGAGGGCUUCCACCAAACUUGAAAAGUUUCAGGGCAAUAAAGUGCACAUCAUUGACUUCAUUGGGUUCAAGCAUGCUGUUAAAUCAGCAGCAACUUCACGAGGUGGGAGGGACUGAGUUUAUAUUUCCAGGAGGAAGAAUUCCAGAGUGGUUGGACAAACAAAGCAAUGGACCUUCGAUCUCUUUCUGGUUUCGUAAUAAAUUUCCCGCCAAAGUUCUUUGUCUUCUUAUUGCACCUGUAAUGUGCUCUUCCUUGUUUGUUAGACCCAUGGUGUUCAUCCAUGGAAAAGUUACAAAAUGUCUUUCUAAUCCUAUGAAAACAAAAGUGGAGAUGUUGGAAUCGGAUUACACACAUCUCUUUGAUCUGCGGAGGUUUCUUUCCCAUGGUGCUCUGAUGGAAGUGGGUUUAGAAAAUGAAUGGAAGCAUGUGGAGGUUACCUAUGAGGGUGUGUUUGAGAGCUCAGUGAUUAAAGCCAUGGGAAUCCAUGUAGUGAAAGACAAAAACAUCAACAUGGAGGAUAUUCGAUAUGAUGAUCCUUACACCAACAUAAAAGUAGAGAAUCAAGAAUGAUAGAAAGUUCAUCUAAACAAAAAGAAGAAACAUGGUUUGUAGAGAGCACAUUAAUGGCAAUCUUGGACUUUUCUUCACAAGUGCUGGUGUAUUAUCUCUCCACUCUUAAAGCCCUCAACAAUAAUGCUUUCUGAUGCCAAUUGUUAGUAACUUAUUUUAUUAACAUAUUACAAAGAUUAGCAAGAGUGGUGAUUUUGUACUCAUAUAAAAGGACUUUAUAUAGGACAUGUAUUGUAUUCUUAAUUUGUAUAAAGCAUAAAAUGUGUUAGAACAA